AGCAACCCGGACAAGUGCCCUGACCAGGAAUCCAACCAGCAACCUUUUGGUGUACGGGACGACAUCCAUCCAACCGAGCCACUCCAGGCAGGACAAGGCAGCAGUAUUUCAUAUACCUCCCUCCAAAAUGAGAGACAGCUCUAGGCCAGUUAUUAAUAACAGCCCAGUGAUUCUCCUGAUCCACCUAAGAGCAUAUGGUGUUUUUCACAAAAGAGAGCGAUCAUCUCCUCAACUUUGGACUUCGCUCCCUAACCCCUGAACAGAUCCAAGGUUGCUAAGAGACCACCUGUGCUGAAUGCACUUUGUUCUAGCAAGAGCAGACAGAGAGGAAACCAAAGAGCUGUGUUAUCUGCCACAACCUGGAAUUGAGUCAGGAAGCAGGAUCAUUCUGGAUAUGACAUCUAGAAACUGGAUAUUAAUUUCUACUACUACCCCCACAAGUCUGGAAGAUGAAAUUGUGGGAACAAUUCUAAAAAUUUUGUUUGUUAUCUUUGUUGACUUAAUGUCUAUUAUUUAUGUUGUUGUAACUUCUUAGAAAGUUGACUUCCCUUUAUAAGUAAAUUUCAUAUUGAAUUCCUGUGAAUAAAAAUUUGUAGUUUAA